AUGCCGGAUCCGGAGAGCCUCGAAAAAUUACGCCCAUGCGGCAGACUGGAGACGUUCAGUACAGCACGACAUCACCUGGGCUUCUACAAAAAUGUGGGCUUCACUUCAGAAUACAAAACUCAAGGAAAUUUGAAAACCCCGCUUGAAAGCCAGGUCUACGUCGCGCUACGCCAUGUCAUUGCUCAACACCCCGUCCUAAGCGCUAUUGCUCUCAACGAAGACCAAUCCUACCCAGACGUAUACUUCGCACGGUUACCCGAAAUUGAUCUACGCACAUGUACAGAAUUUUACAAUCGCAAGAGCCCAUGUCCUGUAGACGGAGAAGCUGACAAAGAGCUUGACGAACUGCUAGCACAACAGCACAGCCGCGAUUUCAAGGAAAGCCUGGGAAGUAGACCUUUUUGGCGUUUGCUCGUGACCAGAUCAUCAUCCGAUACAUCUAGAUUCACUGCGACAUGGAUGUGGCAUCACGCAUUAGCGGACGGCACCUCGGCACUUUUGUUCCACGAGUCUUUCCUUACAGGUCUGAACUCUGUUCAAAUAGCAAACGUGGAUCCGGUUAUCGAAACGCCUCAUCAAGCCCUAGUACCGCCAUUUGAGGAGCUACACCCUAUGUCUAUAUCAUGGUAUUUCUUCAGCAAGACCAUUCUGAACACUUUACUGGCCCCGGUCUACGCCAUUGCCUCUGAAAAAUUGUGGACAGGCAAUCCGGUCCCAGAAGAUAUCACAGUACUUCCGAAACCACGAUUUCUCACCGUUGUGUUAUCCAAGGUAACUACAAGCAAGCUAGUUCAAGUAUGCCGAGAAGAGAAAACUAGCGUGACAGCGACCUUGCAAUGUCUCCUAGCCGCCUCACUCUUCGCCAAUCUCCCAGCCGAAGAAUGCAAGAAAUUAAGAAUCGAUGGCCCGAUAUCAGCGAGAAGGUUUCUCAACAUCGGAGAGAAACAAAUGACAUCCGCAAUCACACAAUACGAAUUCUUCCACAAUCGGCCUUCUUCGUCCAACGGUCCCACAACCGAUAUCCUCCAAAACUUCUCCUGGGAAACAUCUAGAGCGGUCAAAUCUACCAUUGCUGCUGAAGUAGCAAAAUCCGGGACUGACAACCCGGUUGCGCUUCUCAGAUACGUGUCCUCCAUGCCACAGUUUCUCCUCGGCAUGCUGGGUAAGCCGCGCAAACCCACUGCAGAGUUGUCCAAUGUGGGAGUUUGGCCGAACGGGGAGGAUGAGAAGAGUACGUGGAGUGUUGGUAGGAUGGUUUUCAGUCAGUUUCCUAAUGUAGUGGCGAGCGCGUUCGCGCUUAGUGUUGUGACUGGCGGUGAUGGGAACGCGACUCUCAACUUUUCUUGGCCAGAUGGCGCUGUGGAAGAUGACCUUAUGCAGGAAGUGGCUAGUUAUCUAAGAAUUGGUGUGGAGAGUCUAGUUAAUUUGGAUAGCUGA